AUGCAUGUACCGGCGGAAGCGGUUUCGGCGUUGGCCGUAACCAGUAUCUUCACCUUCCUCGCUCUUUUUACUGUCAUCACGCGUAUCUUCACGCGCGCUAUAUUCGUCAAGGUUGUUGGUGCCGAAGACUACAUUAUGAUUGCAGCAAUGGCCGCGUCCAUUGUGUUUAUGGCUGUGCGUGAUAUUAUAGAGGUGAAAACGGGCCUAGGGCAGCAGAUCACCUUUGAUCAAUUGCAGGCGUUUCUAGAGGCUGUCUGGGGCAUUGCACCAGCCUACUUCCUCAGCUUGGGUCUGUGCAAAGUCUCCAUUGUUGUCCAGUGUUUACGCAUCUUCCGUACUUCAACCACACGAAGGGUUCUCUACGCUUUCCUUCUAUUUACCAUCGUCUAUACCAUAUGGGCAGUACUAUCCGCCAUUUUUAACUGUAUCCCACCACAAGCCGCCUGGGGUGCGGCUCCGAAAGGAAAGUGUCUGGAUGCAGAGGCUGUGGGAUUCGCGAACGCUGCCAUCAACAUUUUCAGCGAUAUAUGCGUCCUGGUUAUUCCCAUUCCACAACUCAAAACACUCCAGAUUCCUCGAAAGCAAAGGAUCAUUCUUAUUACGGUUUUUUCCUGUGGUGGAUUUGCGUGUAUUACAUCAAUCAUUCGUCUCUAUUCAUUUUGGGUUGUUAGCACCUCACCCGAAGAGAUAAAGUCCACCAAGGCUGUUGAUAUUGCCAUUUGGUCCGGUAUUGAAAUCAACUUAGGUAUCAUCUGCGCUUCAGUGCCCACACUGAAGCCUCUGGCUUCCAGAUUAUUACCCAAGUUGCUGAGCUACGAUCUGUAUAACACAUCUGGUCGCGCAUACGGUGGUGAUCGAAGCACCCGGAUAAAGGUUACUGGGGAUUACGGCAGACAUACCCGGCUCGAGGAGUCGCAGAAGACAGCAAUUGAUACCACCAUCAUGGUGGAGCAGUCUAUUGAACUGCGGACGGUAGCUGCACCCUGCACAGAGGAUUCGGAUAAAUUGAGCCAGGAUGGCAGCCAGAACGAGCUUGUUGACGGCACGGGCUGGCACUCAGCAAAGCUGGCCGGUGGAGGCACUAGUGGAACUAGGUGGGAUAUUGGGUCAAGGAAAGAGUGA